AUGGUUUCAGAGGUACCUACCCCAACAGUACCCGUCGUACCCACUCCUACGAUAUUUACGGUACCACCAGCGGUACCACCAGCAUACCUGGCACCUACUCCAGUCGAGCCCACUACGUACCCGGUACCACCUCCACCAGUGCCUACGGCAUACCAGGCACCAUUGCCACCGGUGCCCACUUCAUACGUGACAUCCGCACCAGCAGCAGCAGUUGCUCCACCUCUGGUACCACCACCCACCGUACCUCUUACGGCACCUACCUAUGUUGACCUUGCAGUGCCACCAAUGACACCUGCCUCAGUCUAUGCAGCAACACCGGUGAUGCCUCCCCCGGCCUAUGCAGCGAUACCACCUGUUAUACCAGCUCCAGUAGUUCCGCCAGUUCCUGCAGCUGUCCCUACUCAUCUCAUUGAUAUUGUCAUAGCACGAGCCCGGAUCCCAACGUUGGCAGAGUCGAUGAAGAGUUGA